UGUUUUGAAAUAACUUUUAAAUUUCAAAUGGAUUUAUAUUUUAAAAGGAUUUAAGAAUAUUUUUACUCAUAGAAGUAACUAGCAUGUAAUGGCUCCAGCUAAAACAACUCAAAACAUUCACAAAAGGCUAGUUUGUGUUCUUUCACAUUAUCUCCCUAUAUGGUUCAGUUCAUUUCCAUUUUUGUGAGGAUUUUAUACUUUAUUUUUCUUUUAUUUGAUGAAAGUAAGAAAAAAAUAAAUUGAUGGUUUGUUUCUCAUCAUUUAGAAUCAUGUUAAGCUUUUUCUUUGAUACAUUGUGCUGAUUGGGGAUUUAAAAAAAAUAAUAUUACUAAUAUUUUUUUUCUAUGAUUCUGGGUAUGUAUUUGAAGGGUGAUAGAACAGGAUCAUGGUACGUUUGAAUUUUUAUUCAUUUGUGCUAGUUCACAACACUCACUAAAUAUAUUUCUAUAGCUAUAUUAUAUAACAGAAUAUUCACUGCUAUACUAAGAAAUAUAUUUUUAAGUUUUUAAUUAAUUUUUAAUUGCUAGACUUUCGAUUAGAUUUUCCUACAGUAUAUUCAAUAUAGUUUGAUAAAAUUUAACUCACUGCAUUUUGAGAGAUUACUUUUUUGGGAAACAGGGUAUGUGGUUCUUUAGUUAACCCAGGAUAUACAAUUUUAGGUUGUCAAAAGGUGAUAGAGAAGCUUUCAGUUGGUUUACUACUUGAUGACAUCAUUGAUAUCUUCUAAUUUAAAAAUCUAAUUGAGUAGUAUAGAGAAUAUUUUUACUGUAUAUUAAACUCGUCCUUAAAUAUUCUCUCUACGUUUUAAAAGUAAUAUCUACCAUUUAAGCAAUAAUUAUUCUAUACUACUUGCUUCUCUACUCUUAUUUAAAACUCCUUUGAAGUGAUGCAGUUAAAUGAAAAUGCACAUUGAAAUGUUUUUCAUUUUUAGAAAGUCCAAAUUAGGAAAUUAUCUAAAAGAAAACAAGGUAUACCCUUUCCUAAAAUGUUUUCAUUGGCAGAGUCAAGAAUUCUAGAACAUAUUUGUAGAACUAUUACCUAUAGAAUAAUGACCUGAAACAUAAUAGCACGGAUCCAAAAGGCUUAGGUAUAUCUGUCAUUAAAUACAGGUAUGUGGGUUUCAAUGGAUAAAGUUUUUUUUAUAAGUUCCAGAAGAGAGAUUUUUAUUUUUAUACUGAAAUAAAUGUUAAAGUUUCAAAUGAAGAAUGAAUAAAAUUUUGACUUAGAGUUAGUCAACACACAUGAUUUGCAGUUGCUGUUAAAGAGAUAUCUUGACCUACAUCUUUUCUGCUUCUGCUUUUGUAUGAUAGAUAUAUCUUAGAAAUGAUUUGAGGUUACCCAGGGAAAGUAUAAUAACAUUUGUCAAGACAAAAUCUCUCAUGAAAUAAUUCAUGGAACUGAAACUCAUCAAGCAGCAGAAGAAAUGUCCAGCUUCUUAGAACAUUGGAAAACCAAAAAGGAUCUGGAGUAAAGAAAAGCCCUAUGUUGUGUGGACAGUAUCCUGUUAAAAGUGAGGGAAAGGAGCUGAAAAUAGUUGUACAACCUGAGACCCAGCAUCGAGCUCGGUACCUGACAGAGGGUAGCCGUGGCUCAGUAAAGGAUAGAACACAGCAAGGCUUUCCCACAGUAAAGCUGGAAGGCCAUAAUGAGCCAGUAGUGUUGCAGGUGUUUGUGGGUAACGACUCUGGUCGAGUAAAACCACAUGGAUUUUAUCAGGCCUGCAGGGUAACUGGGAGAAAUACAACUCCCUGCAAAGAAGUGGACAUUGAAGGCACUACUGUUAUAGAAGUUGGCCUUGAUCCGAGCAACAACAUGACACUAGCGGUGGACUGCGUAGGGAUAUUGAAAUUGAGGAAUGCUGAUGUUGAAGCCAGAAUAGGAAUUGCUGGUUCCAAGAAAAAAAGCACUCGUGCCAGAUUGGUUUUUCGAGUUAACAUCACAAGGAAAGAUGGCUCCACCUUGACACUGCAAACACCCUCUUCUCCGAUUUUAUGUACUCAACCAGCAGGAGUGCCAGAAAUCUUAAAGAAAAGCCUGCAUAGCUGUUCAGUGAAAGGAGAGGAAGAAGUAUUUUUAAUCGGCAAGAACUUUCUGAAAGGAACUAAAGUGAUUUUCCAAGAAAAUGUUUCUGAUGAAAACUCUUGGAAGUCAGAAGCUGAAAUCGACAUGGAAUUAUUUCAUCAGAAUCAUCUUAUUGUGAAGGUUCCCCCAUAUCAUGACCAACAUAUAACUUUGCCAGUAUCAGUGGGAAUAUAUGUAGUGACCAAUGCUGGAAGAUCUCAUGAUGUUCAGCCAUUCACUUACACUCCAGACCCAGCAAUAGCUGGUGCUUUGAAUGUAAAUGUGAAGAAGGAAAUAUCUAGUCCAGCAAGACCUUGUUCUUUUGAAGAGGCCAUGAAAGCAAUGAAAACUACUGGAUGUAACUUAGAUAAGGUAAAUAUUCUUCCUAAUGCUCUGAUCACUCCACUCAUAUCAAGCAGCAUGAUAAAAAGUGAAGAUGUUACUCCAAUGGAAGUAACAGCAGAAAAAAGAUCUUCCCCUAUUUUUAAGACUACAAAGACAGUUGGAUCAACUCAACAAACGUUAGAAAAUAUCUCUAACAUAGCAGGAAAUGGGCCCUUUCCAGCAUCAUCAUCUUCCCACUUAUCUUCUGAAAAUGAAAAGCAGCAGCAGAUUCAGCCCAAGGCGUACAACCCAGAGAGCCUGACAACUAUCCAGACACAGGACAUCUCACAGCCUGGCACCUUUCCAGCAGUUUCUGCCUCUAGUCAGCUGCCCAACAGUGAUGCACUACUGCAGCAGGCUACACAGUUUCAGACAAGAGAAACUCCAUCUAGAGAGGUAUUACAGUCAGAUGGUACAGUGGUUAACUUGUCACACCUGACUGAGGCGUCACAGCAACAGCAGCAGUCCCCACUUCAAGAACAAGCACAGACUUUACAGCAGCAGAUGUCAUCAAAUAUUUUCCCAUCACCAAACAGUGUGAGUCAGCUACAGAAUACGAUUCAGCAGUUGCAAGCAGGAAAUUUUACGGGCAGUUCUGCUAGUGGCAGCAGUGGAAAUGUUGACUUGGUCCAACAAGUUUUAGAGGCACAGCAACAGUUAUCUUCAGUUUUAUUUUCUACUCCAGAUGGUAAUGAGAAUGUUCAAGAGCAGCUUAGCGCAGACAUUUUUCAACAAGUCAGUCAAAUUCAAAAUAGUGUAAACCCUGGAAUGUUUUCCUCAGCAGAGCCAGCAGUCCAUACCAGACCGGAUAAUUUAAUAGCUGGAAGAGCCGAAAGUGUUCACCCACAGACCGAAAACACAUUGUCUAAUCAACAGCAGCAACAGCAGCAACAGCAAGUAAUGGAAUCACCAGCUGCAAUGGUGAUGGAGAUGCAACAGAGCAUGUGCCAGGCAGCUGCCCAGAUUCAGUCCGAGUUAUUUCCUUCCACUGCUUCAGCAAAUGGAAACCUUCAGCAGUCUCCGGUUUACCAGCAGCCCCCUCAUAUGAUGAGUGCGUUAUCUACCAGCGAGGACAUGCAAAUGCAGUGUGAAUUAUUUUCUUCUCCUCCUCCAGUUUCUGGGAAUGAAACUACUACAACCACCACCCAGCAGGUUGCCACCCCUGGCACUACCAUGUUUCAGACAUCGAGUUCAGGAGAUGGAGAAGAAAGCGGAGCACAAGCAAAACAGAUUCAGAACAGUGUCUUUCAGACCAUGGUCCAAAUGCAACAUAGUGGAGACAGUCAACCUCAAGUUAACCUUUUUUCAUCAACAAAAAGUAUGAUGAGUGUUCAAAGUAGCGGUAACCAGCAACAAGGUAAUGGUUUAUUCCAGCAAGGUAAUGAGAUGAUGUCACUCCAAUCUGGGAAUUUUUUGCAGCAGUCCUCUCAUUCACAGGCUCAACUUUUUCAUCCUCAAAAUCCUAUUGCUGAUGCUCAGAACCUUUCCCAGGAAACUCAAGGUUCUAUUUUUCAUAGUCCAAGUCCUAUUGUCCACAGCCAGGCUUCUACAGCCUCCACUGAACAAUUGCAGCCUCCAAUGUUUCACUCUCAGAGUACCAUGGCUGUGCUGCAGGGCUCUUCUGUCCCUCAAGACCAGCAGUCAGCCAACAUGUUCCUUUCCCAGAGUCCGAUGAAUAAUCUUCAGACGAACACAGUGGCCCAAGAAGAACAGAUGUCAUUUUUUGCAGCUCAGAACUCAAUUUCUCCACUUCAGUCAACAUCAAACACUGAGCAGCAAGCUGCUUUCCAACAGCAGCCUCCAAUAUCACACAUCCAGACCCCUAUGCUUUCCCAAGAACAGGCCCAACCCUCCCAGCAAGGUCUCUUUCAGCCUCAGGUGUCCAUGGGCUCCCUUCCUAAUCAGAUGCCUCAGAACCAACAAGGAGCAAUCUUCCAGUCACAGCAUUCAAUGGUUGCCAUCCAGAGUAGCUCUCCAUCCCAGGAGCAGCAACAGCAGCAGCAACAACAACAACAACAACAACAGCAGCAGCAGCAGCAGAGCAUUUUAUUCAGUAAUCAGAACACCAUGGCUACAAUGGGGUCUCAGAAGCAACCACCACCAAACAUGAUGUUCAACCCAAGUCCAAAUCCAAUGGCAAAUCAGGAGCAACAGAACCAGUCAAUCUUUCACCAACAAAACAGCAUGGCCUCCAUGAAUCAAGAGCAGCAGGCCAUGCAAUUUCAGAACCAGCCCACAGUGUCUUCACUUCAGAACCCAGGUCCUACCCAGUCCGAAUCCCCACAGACCUCCUUGUAUCAUGGCUCCCCUCAGAUCCAGCUGGUCCAAGGGUCACCCAGUUCUCAGGAGCAGCAAGUAACUCUCUUCCUCUCUCCAGCCUCCAUGUCGGCAUUGCAGACCAGUAUAAACCAACAAGACAUGCAGCAGUCUCCUCUUUACUCUCCUCAGAACAACAUGCCUGGAAUCCAAGGAGCCACAUCUUCACCUCAGUCACAGGCCACUUUAUUUCACAACACUACCGGAGGCACCAUGAGCCAACUGCAGAACUCUCCUGGCUCAUCUCAGCAGACUUCAGGAAUGUUCUUAUUUGGCAUUCAGAAUAACUGUAAUCAGCUUUUAACUUCUGGACCAGCUGCAUUACCAGAUCAGUUGAUGGCCAUAAGUCAGCAAGGCCAACCACAAAACGAGGGCCAGUCACCUGUGACAACACUUCUUUCUCAGCAAAUGCCAGAGAAUUCUCCACUGGCAUCGUCUCUAAACACCAACCAGAACAUUGAAAAGAUUGAUUUGCUUGUUUCAUUGCAAAACCAAGGGAACAACCUGACUGGCUCCUUUUAACUGGAUAUAAAUUCCAUGAAGACAAUCCUGAUUCCAAGAUGUCCUGAGAUCUUGUGAUUCCAUGAGGAUUAUUGAACUGUUACUUAAAAAACAAAACAAACUAUGAAAAACUGUGAUUGAGUAAAUGGAUAGAUUUUACUCUGACUGCAAAAGAGCACACCUAUGCUGCCUGUUGCAGAUUAGCCACCAUUGUUAACAUCUUCAUAGUUUAUACUCCUAAUAACAGUGACGACUGAGACUCUAUUUGAGUUUCCAGCUGACAGGAUUAAUUGUUGCUAUUUUCCUAGGCUCCAUUUCUUUAAAAGUACAGUUAAAUUUAAAAGCUGGACUGCUCAGUUAUUAUUGCUAUUAGAAAAUAAUUCAUAUUGUCAUGUUUACUUUUGUUGAUUAUUUUCUUUCCCGUGUUGUUUUAGUCAAGUAACAGCUUUUGAAAAAGGAAAAUAAUAACUAAGGCUGUGAUUUUUCAAUGUGAAAAGCACAGCUACUGGCCAAAGCGAAGGAAUCUUUUGUUUUUAUGGAAAAACCGAAGGGGUUGUGUUCUGACAAGUAAACUGUAUUAAGAGCUCUACACAGAUAAGAAGCUUCUUUAUUUAUCUCAAAGGCAGACAACACACAAACUGGGAACAGCUGGAAUGCUAUUGAUUUUAUUUGUCAGAGAGUUAUUAAUUCUCUGUGUUUCUGUUAAGGGGUUUAGCCAUAACUGCAUAGAAAAAUAAUUAUCUUGCUUUAUAAAAAAUGAAGGGGAUAAUAUAUGGUAAAUUAUGUUCUGAUAUCCUCCUAUAGUAGUUUAAACCAACACAGUAAUUUGAAUCUGUUUUCUUCUUAACUCAGUCUUGGGUCAGUGUUCCCUUUUUAUAUUCACCUACAUUUUUUCCCCUCUUUUUUCACUUUACUUUAGACAAUUGAUAAUAUACUCCUAGCUUCGUGACCCUGUAGCAACUUAAAAGAAAAGGCCACUUUGACCUGGGGUAACCCAGCAACUCCUGCGGCACAGGCUGGGGGGGCAGGUACCCUUUUGGAAACGAGGGAGCUGAAACCUGAGAAACAAGAAACAAUGCAUUUCUCCCCCCCCAUGAACGGUGCUGUUCUGAAGUCUUCAAAAUUUUCCCUCUAAUAGGAAACUGUACAUUUUAAUUUAAAAAAAAAGGCACAGUAAAAUUUCUUGAAACAUCACUUCUCCCUGAGCUGCAGUGAGUAUAAUUCACUUGUCACCUCAGUGCUUUACAGUUUGAAGUGGUCGCUUAUCUGAUGGUUCCCACAAGCCUUAGGCUUUACAGGGUCAUGUCAUUGGCUUAAAAUGAAGAAUUAACUUGUGUUACAUCUAUAGGGAGCAAAAUAUCACACUCCAGAACUUGCAGUUGUAGCAUUAGUUACACAGUUUUGGGUGUUCUCAGCACCCAUGGGAUGCCUGCUUCUCACUACAACCUGUUGUCAGGACACGUGCUUAUGUCUUAUUUUCCUUUUGGCAUGUAGAAAGCUGUUAAUACAGUUUAAGGCCAAAUUAUGUGUGGCUUCUAUAUGUAGAUAAGAUGUUUUGGUAUUCUUGUCCGUUUCAUUUAUUUUUUAAAUGUACAAAAAAUAGCCUGUUAAUGGUUUGUUAAAGGCUACUUUUCUGUUUUUUAUUUUUAUUCUUUCUAUCCUAUACAUUUAAUUGAACUUAGUGGCAUUGUGGUGUUGAUUUUGUUUAUACAGCCAGAUUUCCCCCCCUUUUUGUGAUGAUCUCCCUUGGUUCUUUGUGCUUUUCCUUCUAACUUGUUUUUGCUCUUUGUUCUCAUAUAGUCUUCCCUCCAUCCCAACCUUUCUUUCUUUCUCUCUCUGAUUGAGAGGCAUUGAAUUACGUUUUCAGUAGUACAGGCUUCUUGCCGAUAUGAAGGGAACUUUUCAGAAAGAGACCUACUAUGGGUCAUUUAAUUUUGAAUACAGUUUUCAAUCGUUCAAGUUUUGGAUGGUUUAUAUCUAAUGUGUGUUUCAUUUUUUUGGAAAGCUAUAUUUUGUAUUUAGGAAAUGGUAUACUAUUUUGCUAUUUGUACUGAGUGAGUACAUUGGCAUAAAUAUAGAAAUUUAUAUAUAUACAUAUAUAUAAACUAUUCUUUUUUUGCCACACAUUUUUGUGGUAAAUUUGUGAGUUUGUCUGAUGUUCUACCACAACGUGGCGUCUGAUAACAGUGAGGGGGGGGGGGUUUGUUAUGUCUUUAUUGAGUAUUUAAGUAUCUUUUGAAACAAAUGACCUGUUCAUCUGUGGCCAUUCCAUCAGGCAGUUCCUUGAUGUUAUUAGUGGGCUAAAGGCAGCUUACUGUGUGUUUGCUGGAUCUUUCACUCAGCAAAAUGUUAGAGUAAGGAAACCCAUCUAGGCAAUUGUGUCAAAUGGUGUUUCACAAGAAUGAGCCAUUCAGUCUUUGCUCACUAUGUAUUUAAUAUUUUAUUAUUGUUGUUAUUAUUAUUAUUAAUUGGCUUUCUGUAUUCUAUGCCUUUUAUUUAUAAAGACACUAAAGAAAAACCAUGUUUGUAAUUUUAAUAACAUUUUCCCCAUCUUGUAAUAUCCAGAGCUACUUUAUAAAUUCUCUGAACUGAAAGCAUUUUCUUCAAUAUAUCCCUUCUCUCCCCACCCCUAAUGGGAAUAAUUACCCAAUAUAGUUCAGGUUGUGAGAAAGACCAGCCACACAAUCCAGUGCUUCAGUUUGAAAGUGUAAAAUGCAGAGUGUUGACAAAUGUCAGAAAGCUUACCCAGCAAGCAUAAAAAUAAGUAGAUAUAAAAUACUGUAAGUUUAUUUCUGAGUUUUCUGAAUUUUUUUGUAAGAGAUUAUACGGAAGACUCGGGAAGUCUUAUUCACCAAGUUCUAAUUAGAAUGUUAACACUGCUCUAUGGACGAAUUGGUGGCAAGAAGACUGGCUGUGUGCUGACUUCUGUUCUGUUGUUUAGCAAGAAGUUUAUCGUUGUAAAAUGCUGAUUGCUAAUGCCAAGUCACCAGGGACCAAUUUUCUGUUUUAUAAUACCUAAGUUUAGAACAGAACAUACACCUGAACUGUAAUGGUUUGAUUGGAUGGAGGCAGAAAACUUAAUUUUCAUUUUCAUAAAUUUUGUGGUUAUUUACCCAAGGGCUGUGCUAUGUAAGCUACCAUAUUCUUACUCAGUAAUGAUUUGGUUUUCUUUUUAACAUUGUUACAUGUUUCUUACCCCUAAAGGUCAAUGUUAAGUACAGCAUUCUGAAUAUACAAUUUGGUUACAAAAAGUAUUUGUCUUCUUAUUGAGGAGUUAGCUUAGUGGUCAGUGGUUGAUGCUUGUGCUGAUCAUGCAGUUUCCAGAUUACUGUUACAAGUUAAUAGCUACAUAUAGGAGAGACUCCUUGAGCCAGCAAAGGCCUCGGAAACAAUUUAUUAAAUUUAUUUAUGGCAGAAGAACCUAAAUAAAUUAUGAACCACACAUUUUAUUCCUUUAUAUUGUUACAUUCAAUUCAGUUGUUCUUUUAGCAACUCACAGUGCUUGGAGCUUAUCUCUGUCUGUGUGUGAGUGUGUGUGUGUGUGUGUGUGUGUGUGUGUGUGUGUUUCCUUAUUGUCAUUCCAUUAUAUAUCCACACCAACAUGGGAGAAGAUACUUAGAAGUCAUAUUUUGCUUCUGAGCUUUGUCAUGUUACCUUUGUAAUUAGAGUAUCCUGUUAUGUAGCCAAUGCAAAUCUCUUUUCACCAGUCUCCAUAGAAAAGGUUUUUAAAGGGCUUUGUUAUUGAAGCAGUGUUAAUGAGGGACCUUCCUUCUUUCUUUCCUCUCUUCCUUUCGUUUUUUUUUUUUUGUUUUUUUUUUUUGGUAAUGUAUAUGCUAUAGCUGGAAAUUUCAUUAUAGUACUUUUCUUGCCUAUCAGAAACUCAUUUAAUCUGCCUAGGAAAAAUAGUGUCCAAGGAAAUGAGAAAGAAGUUAUAUCUGAGUCCCUCUAGAACUAAGGUAAUAAUUCCUUUUGACUAUUUAAGCCAUUAUAGACACUUGUUUUGGAAAAGUGAAAUCUGUUUAGAUGCAUCAGUAAUUAAAGAACAGAAUUAAAUGCUUUAAUAAUCAGAGUCUCAAAUUCAUCAUGGUUUAUAAAUAUUCACUAGGAGUAAUUUGAGAAUUUUUCAUCUUUCUGGUGAAAAUUUCUGUUCUAAUAUCUGUUUCCUAGUUGAUUUUUUUAAUGAAUUGAAAAUUACGUGAGACCUGUCAGCUUUACUCUGCUUCAUGACCACAGGCUCCAUUCCUAACCAAGACAGCCGUGUUGUAUCUGCAAGCCUUUGGUUAUAUGGAGGGACUAAAUGAAAGAGACACACUGCAUAGUUCAGCAGCUUUAUUAGAAAAAUAACUCCGAGCAUAUACCCUACAAAGGGGUUUAGUAAAACUUCAUAACAUAUAAAAAGAGGUUUGUUCUCUGCUUAUUUGUGUCACUAGAGCUGAAUUGUGGAGAUAAUGUUCAUAAUGUAGUAAAUAUCAAAGUAAUACCUACAGUGUCAUCUGUCAAUUGCCCCAGGGCUCUAAUUACUUCUUUAAUCCCCAUUUAUUUUCAUGCCAUUCUAGCUUUAUUUAUUAAUAAAACUAUUUUUACUCUACUUUCAGGAAAAAUUUUAAAUUAAUAUUUUAUACCUAGAUCAAAUGCUUUAUAGAAAAGUGCCUUUUUAACAUGAUAGUGCCCCAUUUUGUAAUUUCAUUUUUCACUAUUGCCAAAAACACAUAAACGAUUUUAAUAGGUCUCAACUUUCAACUUUUCCAUUUAGUCGUUCUUUUUUCCAUUUUUUCUUUUCUUUUUAUGAUGUAAUUGGCUUUAUUAAAUGAUUCAUGAAUCAGGCAGCAACUAGAGGGGCAUUCUGAGGGGUUGUACAAAAUGGAAGGUUUUUAUAGCUCCAUUUCUUGAUCACCAUAGGAAAUAACUUUCUAAGUUUCCACCUCCCUUUGGCAUAAGACUAACAGAACAGAUACAUUACUAGAAUUGUUCCUUUGUGAGAGGGUAAGUAAAAGAUUAUGGAAUUAUACUAUUUAGCUUUUAUAUAAAUUAACAAAAUUUGUCUUCACCUCAGCAACUAAUGAUAGGUCUUCCUUGAAUGCUAAUGAAAAUUUUCAUGUGAGACUCCAUGCACAUAAAUGUGUGUAGUUAAGUUUCAGGAAGGAAGAGUUUAAAUAAAGCAUCUCUUAUGACCUUAAUUAGAUGAAUGAAAAUAAAUCAGAAACUCAUAGUUUAACUAAAGGCUGGUAAUGUCAAAUUUUCCAACUAGAUAGGACCAAGUAAUUAAUUACAGUACACUUCUUACCCAUCAGAAUCUACCGAUGGAAAAUAGUGUCAAAAGAAAUGAAGACGUUAUAUCUGAGUCCCUCCGAAUCUAAGAUAAUUCCUUUCAACCAGAUACAGUUGAAUUGAGUGUCCAUCUGGGUUUUGUUCAUUUUGCCUGUGUUCCAGCCUCUUACACAAUGGCGGUGGUGGCGCCUGAAGAAAGGGCCAGCAGCUCAGGAUAGGAGUGUUGGGCUAGAACUGCUUUCCUGUGGGUGUUUUCGUGGCUGUUAGUGCACUGAAGGCUGCAAACAUUACGCCAUAUUCUUAGUACCUAUUGAUAGUAUGCACUUGAAUCAUUCCAAAGAAGUCAAGAAUGCUGUAUGGCGGUGAUCCCUUAAUGAACGCAUUGAACUAUUUAGAAUAUUUAUGUCCCUUAUUUAGAUAGCAACUUGGUAUAAGUGUUACGUGACUGUUUGCUAAAAUGACUGUAGAGUAGGACUUAAGACUGCAAUGUAAUUGACUAUAAAGGGAAAUAAUUACACUUCAGAAAAUCAUUUUAGAAACAUUAAAAUGUUCAGCUUGCUAAUCUGUGUUUGACAGUUAAAACCAGCCCUCUUCCUGUAUAUUUUGUGUCGUGUACAUAGGAACAUUAUAAUGUACAGCCUUCGACAUAUAUAGUAUGUAUAAACCAGUGGUUCUCAAAGUAUGGUCAUCUGCCCACCAGCCAGCAUCAGCAUCACCUGGAACUAGUUAGAAAUGCAGAAGCCUGGGCCCUAUCCCAGACAUACCGAAUCAGAAACUGGAGUGGGGCCUAGCCUUCUGUGUCGUAACAAGCCCCCCAGGUGAUCUGGUGCUCGCUUAACGUUUGAGAACCACUGGUGUAAACUAUUUACAGUAAGAUCUAGAAAGGUGUUUUUCCCCCUCUUACAGAUAGUUAUACAUUGGUCUUCAUGUAAAUUCAGCUUAACCUGGUUAUCCAUAAUCCUUUAUUGGCAAUGAUAAUUUAUUCUCAGUACUGCCUAUAGAAAUAUAGUAUAUUUUAUAUACAUAUACAAUUAGUCUAGUUACUGAUAAUUCAGUUUACUUAAUUUGGCAUUUUCCUACCACUUACUUAAAAGUUUACAUUAAGUGACUGACUUAAAGAUAUAGGUGCAAUGUUCUAUAUUUCUUUUGUUAUGACAUUUAAGUAGCUAAUAUAAUUGACAGGUGCUAAAUUCUCCUGAUUGCUUAUAAAAUGGGUACAUUGUGGACAGUGAGAAUACAUACUUUUCGUUUCAUUGCUUCUUUACCAGCAGACCACAAUUUUGGUCUGGCUAGACCAACUCUCAGAACAAAAUUGUCAUUCCUAUAUUUAUAUUUGUAUCUGAGAUAUUAAACAAAAUGGCUAUGUCAACAAAGCACCUUAUUUAAUUUUUUUUAAUAGCUAAAACUUCUUUAAAGUAGCUUGCUUUGUGUGAGAACUGAUACACGAGAGAGACAAUGCAUUAUAUAAUUUGGGCAUUUCUCCCUUGUGAAUGUAUGCAUCAUGGUAAAUAUAAACUAACCACAAGCCAAGUACAUGUAUUCAUUUGUAUCUCCCUGUGUAAUUCAGUACCUCCAUAAUUGUUCUACUCUUCCUCCCACUGUUUACAAAUCACCAAUUAAUUAACUCAUGAAAAAAAUGCACAUUUCAAAAUAAAAAUAAUUGUAUACUCUAUAAAAAUCACCACUGCUUAAUACUAGUAGUGGAAAUGUAAGUGGCUUACUCUGCAAACUUUGGUGCUGGCAAAUAUAUAGGCAAACUGUUGGGAGAUGCUCUAGCUACAUUCCUCUUUUCUUGUUCCCUUUCCUUUCUUCCUUACUUGAUUGUUUAAUAUAUUCCUGUACCCAAAACAUCCUACCACAAUUCUUUUCAACUUCAACUUGUAAUAUCUCUUUUAAAAGCCCCAUGUUUAAGCCUCAUAUCACCCCUGCUCUUCUUUUCCCCCCCAGAAGUAAUUUGCCUGGUUCGAAUAGUUCAUAGGGAUCACUUACCAUUUUAGCUAAUGAACCUCAGGACAACACGCACGCACGCGCGCGUGCGCUCGCACACACACACACACCCAUCUCAGAUGUUUGAGGGUGGGUUUGGAAUCAGACUAAUGUGUCCAAUAAAGAACUCUCCUGCACUAAAGUGUUUAUCACUUUAGUGGCUGUGAACUGACUCCAGUGACACUGAGCUCAUGUUUUUUCAUCUAUUGAAUGUAUCUGCUCGCCCUGUUCCCUUACUUCUGACUGAUAAGCUCCGAGUAGUUGCUACUUUUUUUAACAACUUUUACUUAGUCUUUUUAAUACAUACAUUACAAAUAUUUCAUUAACCUGUUCUCAAGUGGUUUAGCUACCAUUCUGCCAUUUAAAUUUUUUUAAUUGUAUUUUAUUUGCUUGAGCGCACUGAUCAACCACUGAACUGCCUUCUUCCAUUGUCCUGCAGUGACAUAAGGUUACAUUUUUGUGUGUAUGGCUUUCAUAGUUGGGGUUGCAGAGCACUGACACCAGAUAUUUCAGUUUGUUCUCUGGGGGAAUUUCAUUUGCGUCUAUGUUUUUAGCUAUCUGUGAUAACUUGUUAAAUAUUAAAAAGAUAUUUUGCUUCUAUUGGAACAUUUGUAUACUCGCAACUAUAUUUCUGUAAACAGCUGCAGUCAAAAAAUAAAACAUUGAAAGUUUUCA